AUGAUCUUUUGGAAUUUCCUUCUGGGGGUUCUGCUGCACUGCCCUCUCCAGGGAGCUCUGGCACAGCUGCCGACUCAACCGGAAAACUGCUCUGGCAAAAGUCAGAUCUCCUUCAGUCACUCAUACAAGAUUGACGUGCCCAAGUCCUCUCAGAUCAAAGUGGAUCCAGACCCACGUCCCCUCCAAGAUGACAGUCACACACUGCUGUCGACUGGUGAAAUGCAGGAGGGCGAGGAGCAAAAUAUUAUAUUCAGGCACAACAUUCGGCUGCAGACUCCCAAAGGUGACUGUGAACUCCUAGGCCAGCUCAAGGCUUUGUUGGAAAGGCUGGAGAAGAUAGAGUUGGAAGUGCGACAUCUGAGGGGCAUCUGUGCUCCUCAGAGGUGCUGUGGCAGAGCCCAAGGUAAGAACCAUGUGUGAUGAGCACAACUUGUGACUGGCUAAGUCAAAUGCAGCCCACUAGUUAUGUUUAUGUGGCCUUUUGGGUGGUUGACAAUCUCCCCCCACUCCAUGUUUUUGCAGCCUCAGGCAAGCAGUAAAGUCAAAAGACUUGUUGAACUCUCAUAUGUGUGUCGGAUGGAUUCAGCUUACUGCGGCACAGUUUUUGUACUGGAACAGUGGGCUUUAAUGGUAUAGCGUCUGCCAUGCACUUUUAACUUCCCUCAAAGUGUACAAAAUACACAGGAUUUCUCUUUCAGGGUACUAUACCCAACACAGGCCCUGAUAUAAAGGGGGAAAUCCUCACAAGUAAGGUAAAGGUAAAGGGACCCCUGACCAUUAGGUCCAGUCGCGGACGACUCUGGGGUUGCAGCGCUCAUCUCGCUUUACUGGCCGAGGGAGCUGACGUUUGUCCGCACACAGCUUCUGGGUCAUGUGGCCAGCAUGACUAAGCCACUUCUGGCGAACCAGAGCAGCGCAUGGAAAUGCCAUUUACCUUCCUGCUGGAGUGGUACCUAUUUAUCUACUUGCACUUUGACGUGCUUUUGAACUGCUAGGUUGGCAGGAGCUGGGACUGAGCAACGGGAGCUCACCCCGUCGCAGGGAUUCAAACCGCCGACCUUCUGAUCAGGAAGCCCUAGGCUCUGUGGUUUAGACCACAGUGCCACCAGCAUAUAGCAAUUGGUAACUCCAUGGUUGUGCUCUUACUAGGAUGCUUUUCGUGUUCGUUGUCUUUCUAGUUUUGGCUCUUUUGUCUCCCUUAUUGCUUCUUGUGGUUCUAUCUCUCAUGUUGGGCAGAAGUUUCAUCCUGCAGCGGCCAUGGAGUUUUCAUCCAAGAGAUUUGUGCCUGCAACUGUGAUGAAGGCUGGGAAGGCCAGGACUGCUCCCGCCCUACCUGCCCAGGAAACUGCAAUGGUAACGGGCGCUGUGUUGGUGGCCGAUGCAUCUGCAAUGCACGUUAUGCUGGCGAGGAUUGCAGCCGGCUCCUGUGUCCUGAGAAUUGCAGUGGAAAUGGGCUCUGUGUGAAUGGCGUAUGUCACUGCUACAAGGAGUUCAUUGGUGAGGACUGCAGUGAGAAGAGGUGCCCCAACGACUGCAGUGGGAAUGGAUAUUGUGAUACUGGCGAGUGUUACUGUGAGGAUGGCUUCAUUGGGCUUGACUGCUCUAAAGGUAAGACACACACGCUUUUUUGGAUGGAGGCACAUAAGAAGGGAGAGGUAGCAGAUCACUUUUUAUCAUAUAAUUUAGUGCAGUGGUUGGCAGCCUAAGGCCCAUGGGCUGGAAGCGGCCCACGGAUGCCGUUUAACUGGCCCAGAAGCCGCCCCUGAACCAAGCCGCCCUCUUGGCGAGUCCCCACGCACUGCGCUAAACCGGCACAGUGCAGCAUGGCGCCUCUCUUCCGUGGCUCCGGAAAAGCUUCUGUGCAUGCCCAGAUGCCAGAAAUUGCAUCUGUGCAUGUCCGCAGCACCAGAAAUCGCUUUUGCGCAUGCCCAGACACAGAAAAUUGCUUCCGCGCAGGCACGAUUUUCGGUGUCUGAGCAUGCGCAGAAGCGGUUUCUGGCGCCGUGGACAUGUACAGACGUGAUUCCCAGCAUCAUGCUGUGCCGGCCCGGCCCGCGGAGUAUCUCCACGGGAGUGAUCUGACCCAUUCCCGGUAAGCCUUGUCUACCCCUGAUUUAGUGGGAGCCUUUAAGAAUCGAGACACCCCAUAUCUGCAAAGCUCUGUUGCGUUGUGAUGCCGUGAUAGGAAGAUGAUUGGAAGCGCACCAUCACAAUCCAUUAGGAACAGUGAAUUCCAUUCUCCAAGGGCUGGUUUUGAUAUAGCCAUCCAUGCAUAUGAAGCAGGCUUGGGGGAACCUGAAGGUUUGACGAAAUAUGUAAAACAUUACAAACACCCCCCCCCCCAGUUAAGGGGAACCCUUUCCCCCAAACCAGGCAUAUGACUGGGCAUGUUCAGUGGGAUGAUGGUUUACCAUUGGAGGGGAAAUGGAAAGGAGAGACUUGGAUCCUGAACUGAAGCUCUGCACAGGGCAGCAACGUUUUUGUUGUGGGUCCCACUCACCACUUCUUACAAAAUGAAGCAAAACCCAGAUUUGGCAAUUCAGGAUAAGUGAUGGAAAAUGUUCACAGCAUACGUUGCACAUUGAUAUGAAAAAUUCAUGUUGUGCACAGUGUGGAAUUGGCUUUUGGUGCUGGAUUAAUUUGUUUUAUGUUAAUAAAAAUUAACUUUAAUGUACAUACUAUGAACAGCCUUGGUUAGGCACAACACUUUGUAGAGAUCCUAUUAUGUUCUAGGCUGACUGCUUACCAGUUAUGCAUCUUACUUUUCAUUAAUUCCAUAUUAAUAUGAGGAAUAUUUUUUGUAAGAUUGGUGUGUGUGGAAUGAAGAGAGAGAUAAACCAGAAACACAGAAAUCAAGACUCCUCAUUAAGAGCAGUAAAUUAAUAAAGCAACAAGGAUCUCUUUGCCUUAGCAAUAUUUUUGGAUUGGGGUGGGCUGAGUGAUGCAGAGAGCUGAUUAGCCAGAGAACAGGAGAUUGACAGAAAUGCCUCCAGGAGCCCCUCUAAAUUCAAAUGGAAGUAUCGUAUAAAAUGUAUGGGGGGCAGGAAAGAGCGUGCAGCUUUGAGAGUGGGGGGGGGAUAUAUAUUCGCUUGCUAUUCGCUUUGACAGAGGGAUGCGGGUGGCGCUGUGGGUUAAACCACAGAGCCUAGGACUUGCCGAUCAGAAGGUCGGCGGUUCGAAUCCCCGCAACGGGGUGAGCUCCUGUUGCUCGGUCCCUGCUUCUGCCAACCUAGCAGUUCGAAAGCAUGUCAAAGUGCAAGUAGAUAAAUGUGUACCGCUCUGACGGUAAGGUAAACGGUGUUUCAGUGCGCUGCUCUGGUUUGCCAGAAGUGGCUUAGUCAUGCUGGCCACAUGAGCUGGAAGCUGUAUGCCGGCUCCCUUGGCCAAUAAAGCGAGAUGAGUGCCGCAACCCCAGAGUCGGCCACGACUGGACCUAAUGGUCAGGGGUCCCUUUACCUUUUACCUCUUUGACAGAUAUGUGCCCCUAUUGCUCUAGCACAAGAGCCUCCACUGGUAUUAGAGACAAGAACCAAGACUCUUGUUAAUGUGGGGUCUGAGAGAUGAGUUGCUUGUUUCCAACCAUUAGACACAGAUAUGUCAGAGGACAUAGGACAUAACUGAAGUCCCAUAGGUCCUUGGUGUUCUGAGAAGUAGGUGGAGACCAAAUAAUUGGAAUUAUGACUUGGAUCAUUUCUGGUUUAAUCAUACUGGACACAGCUUAGAGGCCAUUGGAUGGUCUGCUAUAUUUGAUAUGUUGUUGGUGAUGCCCAGGUUGUUGGUACAGGCACUAAUUGCCGAACUGGUAGAAGUGGCCUAAGUAGCAAGCCUAAGGUUGCAGUCUGUCCUGAGCAAACUCAUCCCCCCUCCCCAGAGGCAGACACACAAUUGGAAGUUUAUUUCUUUAUUGGCAAAGCACUCAAUUAUAAUCAGCUCCCAAGGUGCAAGAAUCACAUGCACUGCUCCUGCUAAAGGAACUAGCUGAGCACCUCCUUCUUCAGACCUGUGCUCUGGUCCCAGCAGUUGGAGAAACUGUGCGCCAUGCCUCCUCCAGCCCACGUAAACCCCCAAUUCUGACAUGGUACACUCAAGCACCCUGGGACUUCUCCUGCACGGCAUCUUCAGCUGCUCCCUCCUUGUCCUUGGAGACACUGGGUGAAGGGACAGAGGAGAUUCUCUGGGACCAUCUCUUUCACCUGUGUGCUCCCCUGCAGCUCCCCCCUCCUUUCCUCCCACCUUGGACUGCCCAGCCUCUCCCCCACCUCACAGGUGACACAAGACCCAUGCAAAUCAGUGGCCCCUUUCUCUGGAUCAUCUGCCCCUCCGCCUAACCUUUGGUGUUGUCCUCCCUGUCCUUAACUCAGUAUUGCACCAGUUGGGUCAACCAAGAACAACCUGCUCUGUGCUGGGCAACAAAGAGGGGAGGCUCAGACAGGAGACACGAGAGCACAACUAGAUACCAUGGCCAUGGGUCUCAAUUGCAGAGAUGUGAGGAAGGUGAUUAAAAGUGCUGCAUGGCUGGGCAGCAGCAGGGGAGGAAGAGCUGAACUCAUGUGUUGUCAUUACAAACCGUUUUUGGUUAUUUUUCACUCAAAUGUGGUUCCAAUCUGUCUCAGAGUGGCUAUAAUAAACAGUUUUGGGGCAGAAGCAGUGUAGUUCAGCUACCCUGCCCUGCCUGCUGCCUUUUAAACCCUCCUCACCUCCGUUUUAAAAGGAUUCAGUGACACAAAUCCAAGUUUGGCCCCAAACUAUUUUUUUUCUUUCCUCCUCCAUCCUGUUCAUCUAUGAAAACAACUCUCUUUGCAUUGUCUCCACUUCUUGCUUCACUGCAUUCAAAGCUUCUGCACGUUCCUUUAAAGGUUGGGAACGAUGCUUUGUCCAAACUUGUAAAACCUACCGUAUUUUUCGUUCUAUAACACGCACCCGACCACAACACACACAUAGUUUUUAGAGGAGGAAAAUCCGUAGGCAUGCCACCCGUAGGCAUUCCCUCCAUAACACGCACAGAUAUUUCCCCUUACUUUUUAGGAGGAAAAAAGUGAGUGUUAUGGUGCAAAAAAUACGGUACCUGUAACAUGAACUGAGGAACGGGCAGUCUCCUCUUUGCAUGAACACUAUAACUGCAAACAGUGACUGAGGAAUUUGUAAGUUUAGGCAAUGCUAACAUUUAACUGGCAGUAAUGAAAAGGGGAAAUAAGAAACCCAAUUUGUUUCAAGGGAAAAUCUCACCCAUGAAUGCAAAUUAAAAUUAUUUAUCAUUCUACUUGAUGUCAUGAUCAUUACCUGAGCAAUUGUGUUUUGUGCCAAAUGUGUUAAUUUAUUGCCAUUGUAGAUAACAUUUGAAAUUCCCCAUGCCACAGAAUAACCAUUAAUUUAUCACCAGGAAUAAGGAAAAUAUAUUACAUUUUAGGCACUAUUUUGUGUGUGCAAACUAGGAGCUUUAGCCAGACUGUAAAACGGUUAAAAGUAGCAUCUUGAUCAUCUGCCUGUUCUUGCAAUGCCAGGCUUGGCUUGAUGAGAUGAGAGAAUGGCAGAAAGCCAGGAACAGUAAUGUGUUUACAAUAUACACAUACUGUAUGUGUGAUUUGUUGGUAAUUGCUUCAGUAUCAACCACCAAGAGAUGUUUCGAGACUGAUUUUUUUGCUGUCUUCAGCUGUAGUCAUAACAGCAGAACUUAAGUUGUGGUCACAGCUCUGCAUUCAUACUGCAAAAGCUUCAAAGCAAUGACGUUGACUACUGCUUUAUUGUGACUUUAAAUUACGGUGCCAUUUACAAAAUUAUGGAGUUGGUGGCCAAGACAUUUAACCAAGUGGGCUGGCAAUACAAAAGCAUGUAAAGUUAAGGUUGUGUUGUCAACGCUCCAGCCUAUAGCACCAUGAACUAAACCACAGGGAUGUAGUAAUGCACACGGAUGAUCACACACACAUUACUGGCUUCUGGCUUACCUUGCAUUUUCUUCUUUGUGUGUGUCUGCAUUUUGAAAAAUCGAUAUAACCUCCGUAAUUUGCUAAUAGAAAAUGAAAACACUGGGAGAUCCAAUUAUUGAUCUCCCACAUUUUAUCUAUUUUUGCAUGAGGAUGUGGAAAAACUGAUAGUGUUGCUAGAUUUUACUAGACUGCAAACCCUCAUUUCACCUUCUGACUCACAAAGCCAACUUGGCACACUGUUCCUAUUAAUGAAUGUAAUACAGUGACAGUCUACAGCACUGGGGAAUAUACUCUUGUUGAACUCACUAUUUCAUCCAUUUGAAUGAUGAUGCCCUCGUCUCCCCCUCCAGUGCUAGCUCCCCAGAAUGCACGAGUCCUCAAGACCACAGAAGAUUCCCUGGCCAUUGGCUGGGAUCAGGUGGUGGAUGUGGAUGGUUAUCUCAUCAGCUACUUUCCUGUUGGGUAUGAAGCCUCUGUGAAGCAAGUGCGAGUGUCCAAAGAUCAAACCACCUAUGAGAUUCUGGGUCUUCUUCCUGGCACAAAGUAUAUUAUUACUCUCCGCAAUGUAAAGAAGGGGAUUGCCAGUGACCCAGAACUCCUGCAAGCCAGCACAGGUAAGAACACUAAAAGCAGUCCUAAAUUAUGUGGUGCUUGGUUCACACCAGCAGAUUGCAAAGGGAAAACUUUGAAAAAGCGCUUCAAUUCAGGCAUGACUCCAACUUUGCUUAAAGAUUGCUAUGGUUUUGAUGCGGUGUUGAAAUUUACACAUUAUGAUUGUCGAUUAGCUGACAAGCUACAGCUGAAAACUAUGGUUUGAAGUCAGUUUACCAACCAUGAUUUGUGCUCAUUACUAUUUGGUACGAUGUCUAAAUUGGAAAACCAUUGCACCAAACAGUGGCUUGCUCGUUAUGCAUGUUUAAACUCAAACCAUAGUUUUGGUAUAAUGUCUGACCUGAUACUAUGACGGAAGUGCAUAAAACCAUGCACAACACAGUGAAAGUUGAGAGUGAGAAGUUUUUCUUCCUCUUUCAUAAUACAAGAACCCAGGAGUAUCCAAUGCAGAUGAAUGUUGGAAGAUUCACGACAGUCCAGAGAAAGUACAUAUUCACACAGUGCAUAAUGGUUAAAUUAUGGAAUCUGCUACCACAAGACAUAGCAGCAAAUACCAUAGAUGGCUUUAAAUAGAGUUUAGGGAAAUUCAUGGUGGAUAAGGCUGGCAGACGGCGGCUACAGUUUCACCUCACCGUUGAAGGCCAUGCAUCUCUCUGAAUGCCAGCUGAGGGGAAGCCCAAGUGUGGAAGAGUUCUGUGGCACUCAAGUCCUGUUUGCGGACUUCCCAAAGGCAUCCAGCUGGAUCCAGCAGGGCUCUUGUGUUCUUAGGAGUUAAUGGGGAAACUGCUGGCCCAAAUUCCCCCUCCCUUUCCCUAUCUGCCUUUCAUCUAAGCAAGUGCAUUACAUCCAAAGUUCUGUUAUAAUUAUUCCUUAGAGAGCAAGGGGAUUGAUGUGCUGUUUCAGCUUUGCUUUCGAUUAUUCUCUCUUUUCUAGAGGUCUCUGCCAUUGGUGCUAUAUGGGUGACAGAAGAGACAGAUAAUUCCCUGGAAGUGGAGUGGGAGAAUCCUUCAACAGAGGUGGAUUAUUACAAGCUGAGGAUCAGCUCUUUGCUCCGGCCAGGGGAGGAGAAGGAGGUGCUGGUCCCUAAAAGCAGUGAUGCCAAGAGCAGAUAUGUUAUCACAGGUAAGUGGUAAUGUGGUCAGUUUCUUACGAUCAGGAAUGAGGUCAAUGGAGAAGAUCUGUUCAUUUUUCUCACUGUUAACUGGAAAGAGAACUGACAUUUGGUUGUUUAUUUAGGCCCCAUCUGCACUAUACUUUGAAAGCAUUACCAUACCACCAACCAGUCACGGCUUCCCUGCAAGAAUCACGGGAAUUGUAAUUUUGUUAAGAGAGACCCCUAUUCCCCUCAGAGAGCUACAUUUCCCAGAGUUCCUUGGGUAGAGGGAUUCAGUGUUAAACCACUUUGAGAAAUGCAGCUCUAUAAGGGGAAUAGGGGUCUCUAGAUGUUGUUGGGCUCCAGCUCUCACAAGAUCCAGCCAGCCUGGCCGGAGGUCAGGGGUGAUGGAAGCUGUAGCUCAGAGCCAGUGUGGUGUAGUGGUUCAGAGUGGUGGACUCGUAAUCUGGUGAACAGGGUUCGAUUCCCCGCUCCUCCACCUGCAGUUGCUGGGUGACCUUGGGCCAGUCACACUUCUCUGAAGUCUCGCAGCCCCACUCAACUCACAGGGUGUUUGUUGUGGGGGAGGCAGGGAAAGGAAAAUGUUAGGGUAGUGAUAAAGCGGGAUAUCAAAUCCAAACUCUUCUUCUUCUUCUUCUUCUCAGCAACACAUGAAGGGCCAUAGGUUACCUGCCCCUGGCAUAAAAUAAUAAUAAUAAAAUGCUUAUAUAGGCCUAGGCAUCUGUAUUGAACAUGGUUUCUAAGCGGUUUUUACAGAGUUCUGAUUUAUGUGCAUUUAAUAAUAAUAAUAUUUUUUUAUUUAUACCCCGCCCUUCCUGGUUUAAAAACCGGGCUCAGGGCAGCUAACAGCAAAUAUAAAGCAUUGAUUAAAAUACGACUUAAAAACAGCAUAAAAUACAACAUAAAUGCAGCAUCAACGUCAAUAAAAUUCAAAAAUUCAGGGGUCAUUUUAAGGAAAAAACCCCCAGUUAGUACACAUCAAAUGAUCUCCAGGGCUAACUGGCCAAGCUGGUCCUACUAGGGCCAGCAGGAGACCAGGGAAGAGUUUAAAUGUGGGGUCCCAGAAGGGUUUCUUCAUAAAAAAGAAAAGGGAAAAGGGAGUAGAGGAUCAGGCUAAUUCAAAUUGAAGGCCAGGCAGAAUAGCUCUGUCUUACAGGCCCUGUGGAAGGAAGUCAAAUCCUGCAGGGCCCUAGUCUCGUGGGACAGAGCAUUCCAAACAUUAACUUUUUUUUUUUGCUUCAUUUAUGAGCUACAAAAGUGUUAUGCAACAUUUUAAAAAUAAAAACCCAGCCCAGUGUCAUCUGUAUCCAGCGUUAGCCAUGAUCAGAGUAGACCCCCUGAAAUUAAUGGGCACGCCUUAUUUAGGUCCACUAAUUUCAAUGGAUCUGUCUGAAUAGUAAGUACUUCGAUGGAUAAAACCAACUGAAAACAGGACAACACAGAGCCAACAAGCUGCAGGCCUCCAGCAAAUAAAUGCCUUUUGAAACAAAUACGUUUCCCCUCCAUCUGGUGACACAAGUGUUGCAAAGAACAACCAUUAGGGGAUUUCAGAGGGGAAGCCCUGCGGCUGAGUCUCAAGGCUGAUCUUCCCACAUGCAGACCAAAGCCUCCGUCCUCUGGGAUGGGUUUCACUGUGAACAGGAGAGAUGCGGUUUUCCCCUUCCCCUCAGAUCAGGCUAGACAAAUCCUACAUGCAACAAAGGAAAGCCUUUGAAACACAUCUAGUAUGGAAUAUGGAGAGAAAUCAAAGAUGCAGCUGUGUCUCAGAAGAAUUUACCUCUUGUUCUCUUUAUAGGCCUGAAGCCAGGAACCCAGUAUGUGAUCACCGUCAUAUCUAUGAAGGAUGAGAUGGAAGGGAAGCCGUCCUCUGUGAACGGCUGGACAGGUAUAAAUCUAGGGCUUCGGCGACAUCAUUCCACAAGCACAGCUGCUACUAGUUGUCACAAUUGCCGUAGCAAUCGCUCAUACAGUGUGAUCCUUUGAGCCUUCCAAAGUGUCCCAAUUACUCUCUCCAGAUGUCUCUCUUCACAGUUAACUAAAAUCUGUGUACAAUCAGGACAUGAAUGGGCAGGGAGAGUGGGAUCUCACCCCCGGCACCACUUCAAGCCCCUCCAUGUUGUUUGGCUAUUCUGCACAAAGCUUCUGUGCAUAGUCUCUUCCACUGCCAAGGACAGUGUCUGUGCGCACCAUGCAGCUUGUACACACAGAGGUUCUGUGUUCAAGACAAUAGACCAAUGUAUGGUGGCUGGGGCUGGUGCCUGCCGCUGCAAUCCCAGUUCUCCUCUCUGUGUUAAUUGUAGACAGAGUUUAGUCAUUUGCCCAGAGCUUGGGUUCAGAAGGGUUUGCAACAUCUCAGCAUGGGCGCAUCCACACUUCCCCUUGUCCCACUGCUUUCCCCCAGGGAAAACCACUCUUAAGCUCUCAAUUGGAGCAAACAGCAAUUCUCCAGAUUGAUGUUUGCUCUGAUUUGUGAAGAGGCCAUGAAUUAACAGCCCUCCCUCUGCUACUGGAAAUGUAAGGAUUCAUCAAUGGAAUUACCAGACCACUGUUUCUUCUCAAAGGAGGGCAGACCCCGCGGCACCAGAUGUUGCCUGCACCAGAUGCCUAUAGUUGGCAGCCUUGGGUUUGACUUUGGAUCAGUGUUUUUGUUUACUCCUGCUGUCUUCAGAAUUUUCUUGCCAGUGGGAGGAAGUCAGACUAGAGCACUGAAAUUCUGCUUCCUCUUGGGCAGUAAAUCAUUGCUGUGGAAUGUCCUGAUUUUGCAGAUGAUGUGUCCAUUUUAACAGUUUUGAUUUGAACAUGUUGUGCUCUGGGCUGGACAUGAGAAGCACCAUUUCUUCCUUUGUAGCUACAGCAAAGUAGUUCCUAGAAACUGGGAAGGGAAUCUGAAAGGCAAAAUAUAUCAAGCCAACUGUUUGGUCUAUAUUGCCAAAAAUACAAACUGUCCAGUGGUUUGGUUGUAAAAGCAAGAGCUGUUUGGAUCCAUGUGGGCUGCUCUUCAAGCUCCAGAAAGAGUGCACAUUUUCUGUUACAAACUGUUCUGCUACACCGAAGCUACGCACCCUAUAUAGCAAUGAGUGGUGGCAGGAAAAAGCUGCCACACACAAUUAAAGUUCCAGAAGUUGCUUUGCAAGAAUUGCACAGAAUUACCCAUGUGCACAACGCAACCACGUGGACAGGCACAGAUUGCACAGAUCAUAACAAGAGAAUUGGCAGCCUGCUGGGAGGAUUUUGGGCACCCAUUUUUGGGAAAGAUUUCAUUCCAUCAUUCCCUGCCCAUGUGAUUAGAUCAUUUUCUCCCAGCCACAUGGGAGCCACUCACAGAAAAGAGACUCCCAUGCUGUUUGGGUAACAAGGCCCUGCGUUAACCCACUCUUUGCCGCUUAAUUGGAGCAAACAUCAAUUUGGAGUUUUAAAGGAUUGAAUUUAGAGUAGGUUUUCGUGGGGAAAGCUCAUAGCUUUAAAUCUCAAACCAUGCCUGGAAAGAGUGGAGAAAAGGUAAGUGCGGAUGAACCCAGAGUGAUGGACAGCAGUGAAGUUGCCCCCCACCAAUGUGUUUUCCCACCUGCUCUUUUCCCACCUAGCUGUUCACAUCAGCAUGGCUUCAUUAGUGUCAGAUCCAUCUCUGUUAGUGUUUAAACCAGGGAUGUCUUUACCCUAUGCAAAGGUGUUCACACCUUGGCUAGAGAUGAAUCAGGAACGGCUUAAGGACUCUAGUUGGUAUGAAGUUGGUUUGAGAAAUGACAACUCAAACAGCAGUAUUUUAGAGCAAAGUAAAAGAUACACACACAUUUUGGUAAAGUCAUGUGAGCACGGAUUAGAAACCCAGCUCAGGAAAUGCAGUGAGAGCACAGCAAACAGCAGUGUGAAUGCAGCCAGGGUGAUUUUGCUGCCUCCUGGAAUAGAAUCUGAGCAUUAUAAAAUGGCUCUAAUCUUAUCAUUCAAACUCAGGAUCAUCACAGUCCUUCAAACGGAUGGGAGUGUGGGAAGUCUUACUCUAGCACCACUGUGCAACUCUUCGGUUUUAACAUCUUUAUUUUUAAAAGUAUGAAAAAGUGUGAAGUAUUUCAUUCUUAAAGGUUGCUUGGAUGGUUGACCAUGGUGUAAGGUCUCUGUGAGUCAUAUUAGCCCUGUUUGGACAUUCUGCCUGCAUGUAAAAGCAAGAUGAGAUCAGGAAUGAGUGCAUUAACCUUCAAACAUGCCCACUUGCUGUCCUCUUUAGCCUCUGCAGCAUGGAAGGGAGCCUCCUGUGCUUAUGGCGGCUCCCUGCACAAUUUAGACCCUUGACCUUCCCUUACACCAAACCACCCAGAGAAUCUCCCCAGUACGGGAGCUCCCCACUUCAGAACUUUGCUCUCCAACCUGUGGAGUGUGACAGUCAUGAUGCCAGCGGAGUGGUGGAGGAGCUUCUUACACUUGUCUCCUUGCUCACAUGUUGCUUCUGCAUGCAAGUAGAAUGCCUGGAGGGGGCUACUGUCAAACUCUGAAAGGGUUCAUAAUAUAGACAGGUGCUGAUAAGUGUUUGAAAUCAAAUGCAGAAGAUGCUUCUGCUAUGAAAUAAGGUGAAGGAGCAACCUUUGGUGGUAAAUUGUUUAAUAAUAAUAAUAAUAAUAAUAAUAAUAAUAAUAACAAUAAUAUAUUAUUUAUACCCCACCCAUCUGACUGGGCUUCCCCAGCCACUCUGGGCGGCUUCCAACAAAACAUUAAAAUACAGUAAUCCACCAAACAUUAAAAGCUUCCCUAUUAAAUGAUUGACUGGUGGAUUGACUGAGCUGGAGACAGACAGAACUGAUCACUGGAAAGGUCUCCUGAUCAAGCUCCAGGAGGUGCUUUGACACGACUACCAUUGAUUUCCCUUGUGCAUCAAAAUGCUUUGAGUUGGUUUGCCUCGAAGAAAUGGCUCCUAGAGAUUUACAGAAAUCUUGUCAGGAUCACUGCCAUGACUAAAAGUCCUUAUUCCUUUCACAGAUAUUGAUGGCCCAACUGAUCUGGUAACCAACCAAGUAACAGAAGACACAGCUACCAUUUCUUGGAAUGGGGCCCAGGCUCCAAUAGAUAGAUAUGUGGUGAGCUACACCUCAGCUGAUGGUGACACCAAAGAGAUCUCUGUGGGGAAGGACAAGAAAACCACUACCCUGGUGGGUUUACAUCCAGGCAUGGAGUAUACCAUCUAUAUCUGGGCUGUGAAGGGAACCCAACAGAGCAAGAAGGCAAGCAUAACAGCUGAAACAGGUAACCCAGAGAUGUGAUAUUAUGAAGUUUUGUGCUGUGUUCCUUUCUGCCUGUAUUUUGUUUCUUAUUUUCAUACAGUAUGUAGCCCUUGUUAAAUGUUAUAAAAUUUUAGGAUCAGUUCAUGGGGGAGGAUGAGCACUUACAUUGUAAGUCAUUGAUGGAAGGAGUUGAGAGUUUUUCACUUUGUGAAGACAAGCUUCUGAACUUAGGUCUAAAAGCGUGCCAAAUGGAGAUUCAUUGCCAAGCUCAGGCCAACAGAAGGAAUUACUGCCAGACCAUUGAGGAAUUUCUUGACUACCCUAGGCCAGAAAGGGUCAUAUAUGAUACUACCUGAUCUCUGUGAAUGCUUCCAGUCCAGCUGUGCUAACUGAUCUGAGCUAGAAGGAGAGUGUUCCUGCCUUUUCCUUGACGGACAAGCAUUCUGUUAAGUAAUUUAGCUGCAUUAGUAAAGGUAAAGGGACCCCUGACCAUUAGGUCCAGUCGUGGCUGACUCUGGGGUUGCGGCGCUCAUCUCGCUUUAUUGGCCGAGGGAGGCGGUGUACAGCUUCCGGGUCAUGUGGCCAGCAUGACUAAGCCGCUUCUGGCGAACCAGAGCAGCGCACGGAAAUGCCAUUUACCUUCCCGCCAGAGCGGUACCUAUUUACCUACUUGCACUUUGACGUGCUUUCGAACUGCCAGGUUGGCAGGAGCAGGGACCGAGCAACGGGAGUUCACCCCGUCAUGGGGAUUCGAACAGCCGACCUUCUGAUUGGCAAGUCCUAGGCUCUGUGAUUUAAUCCACAGCGCCACCCGCACCCCAAGCACCACCCGCGUUGCAUUAUCAAUGGCUAAUUCCACCUUCCCAGAUUCUGCCCCGCUCCCUCACAUUAGUUAAUUCAAAUUCUUAUGCAUCAAGAUGCACGUAUGCAUGACAUUUUACUUCUGAGUAAAAAUCUACUUGCCUGUCUAGCCAUGGCAAAGUAAAGUCCCACAGAUCAAUAUAACAAAUGACUUACAGUUGCAAAACAAAGUCUCAAGAAGGUUAUAACUGAUAUAGAAAGAAAACAAUAAUAAUACCUCCAUUUUGGUUCAUAGAGAUAGAUGGCCCUACAAACCUGAAAGCAGACCAAGCAACAGAGAACACAGCCACUAUCUCUUGGAAUAAGGCAUUGGCUCCUAUAGACCGAUACAUACUUAGCUACACCUCUGCUGAUGGAGACACCAGAGAGAUCACAGUUGGGAAGGAUAAGACCAGCACCACCUUGACUGGACUGAAGCCAGGCAUGGAGUAUGUCAUCUACAUCUGGGCUAUGAAGGGGAGCCAGCAGAGCAAGAGGACAAUCACAAAGACACUGACAGGUAACUUAAGUGAGGAGCAGUGGAGAGAGGUGAUGGGAUUGUUGGCUUUUAAUGAUGUGGUUAAAGAACUGAAAGGCGAAUUCCCUGGAUGCCUAGAUCCAGGUUUGGGGCAAGUACUCUUUCGUGAGAGAAGCUUGGCAGAGAUUUAAAAUAGCAAAACAUGCAGCAAAGUAAAGUAUGGAAAUGUUGGUGUUAGACCUUUAAGAUCUCCCCUUCUAAACCCCUUCCAAAGUCCCCCCCUUCCCUUAGCAAAGAGACAAUACAUUUGGCAAGUUAAAAAUAGUUUACUUACAAACUCUUCAAAGGUUAGAUUCAUGUGCUUUUCCAUAAAGCAGCAAGAAAAUGCCUUAUGAGGAACGGCUAAGGGAGCUGGGCAUGUUUAGCCUGGAGAAGAGGAGGUUAAGGGGUGAUAUGAUAGCCAUGUUCAAAUAUAUAAAAGGAUGUCACAUAGAGGAGGGAGAAAGGUUGUUUUCUGCUGCUCCAGAGAAGCGGACACGGAGCAAUGGAUCCAAACUACAAGAAAGAAGAUUCCACCUAAACAUUAGGAAGAACUUCCUGACAGUAAGAGCUGUUUGACAGUGGAAUUUGCUGCCAAGGAGUGUGGUGGAGUCUCCUUCUUUGGAGGUCUUUAAGCAGAGGCUUGACAACCAUAUGUCAGGAGUGCUCUGAUGGUGUUUCCUGCUUGGCAGGGGGUUGGACUCGAUGGCCCUUUUGGUCUCUUCCAAGUCUAUGAUUCUAUGAUUCUAAAAGAUGGGCAGUAGAACUUAGUUUCAAAAAUGGUAAGAGUUUCUAAAUUAUCUGUAUAGAAACACAAAUAUGGCUUGCUAAAGCCACCCAGCUUAGACAUCCUUACUGGUCAGGUUCACAUGGUGGAGGGUGAGAGAAAAGAGUUUGGUAACCCUUAUUCCCAAGGUGAGGGGAUGUGAUCCAGCUAAGCCUGGCAGGGCAGCUUACUCCAUGGUCUUAACCCCUCCGUGCAUUAACUAGAGUUAAGCAUUAACAAGGCUGUCAAAUCUCUGUUGGCUCCAGAGCUUUUUUGGGUGAUGCAGACAAUAAUAUUUAUUUCAGUAAUCUGUUCCUCAGCCCUAUAAUGCAAUGCCCAGGAGUAUUAUCCUCUCUUAAUUAAAAAAUAAUAAUGCAGGGCUGUUUCUAAAAGAGGUUUUUGAAAUUACAGCUGGUCUAGAAUGUAGUGGUCAGUUUGUUAAGUGGACUUGCUACUCUGGGCAUUGUACAGCUGUGUUCGGAUAUCUCCACUGGUUUCUGUGUUGGUUUCAGGGCCCAACUCAUUUUUAAAGCCGUAAAGCAGAAUCAUAGAGGGUUUUUUAUUUUAAAAAAGCAACAAUGAUACAAGCGAGAUUAAACCACAUUUCUAACACCAUGUAUGCUUUGACCCUUAGCAUUGCUAAGGCUUAGCAGUUAGGCAGCACUGAAAAAUUUCUGCUCUCAGUGAUGCUUCUGGCUCUGUGCUAUAUCACCCCAUAGGGCGAUAUGGGUAUCUGCUCUGUGGACUACUCCCAACACUAUAAUGCAGGGGUGUCAAACUCAAAUUCAUCGGGGGCCGCAUCAGCAGUUUGGUCACCCUCAAAGGGCCGGUUGUAUCUGUAGGACUAUGUGUCCACUAUUAUCAUAAAUUAUUGUCACUGCAUUCAAUUAUUACUGUUUUUUGUAAUAAUGUAAGUAAUAACUAGCUCUGAAAGCAGAAACAUAGUCAGAAUAAUGGCAAGUAGAUAUUCAAAUGUACAAUUAUCACAUCACAGGAUGGCAUGCGCUCAAUAUAAAAACAAGUGGAGGUUUCCUGAAUGCAUGUAAAGUGGGGGUUUCCUGUGUAGAACGGCUGGCGCCACUAGAGGACAGACGUUCUCUGGCUUGUAGGCUGCCGCGCAUGCGCUGAAGAGGCGGCUUUCUCAUGUCAAAAAAAAAAAAAAAGCGAGAAUAAAAGGUGAAGGCUGGCGGCCGGCGGUGGCUACACGGGCCACAUGACGAGGUCUGGCGGGCCAGAUUCGGCCCGCGGUCCUUGUGUUUGACACCCGUGCUACAAUGGAAUACUAAUGGAGCUUCCUUCAUUAUAUAAAUAGCAGUAUUAUGGACAUAGUGAGAUACUAUAAAAUUUGCAGAAGCAGUACUGCACAAUACUAAUGGCAAGCCUACUGACAUACCUUGUCCUAGGAAGGUGAAUUUGAGGCCCUGCAGCUCCCUCUGUUGCCCACAUGUGAAGAAGCUUGCACUGGACAUUUUUUCAGGCUGUUCCUCUGCCAGUUUCCCUCUCCUGUAGCCAAUAUUGCCUGCUCAGAGUCUUCGUAUUACAGCAUAAUUUAUUUUUGGAACUGCCUAAUUCAUGCAUACCUAGCUGGACUCUCUUAUAAGACAACACUAACUUUUCUGGGAUGUGUGUGUGCGCACGACUGGGAACUUGACUUCUCGAAGGGACAGUAAGGUAAAGGUAAAGGACCACUGGAGGGUUAAGUCCAGUCAAAGGCAACUAUGGGGUGCUGUGCUGAUCUCGCUUUUCAGGCCGAGGGAGCUGGCAUUUGUCCACAGACAGCUUUCCAGGUCAUGUGGCCAGCAGGACUAAACCGCUUCUUAAGCUAGAACAUCCCCUAUAUCAGAUUUGGCUAAUGUGUGACCUGGCCAGGUGAUCCCUGGCCAUUGGCCAUGCUGGUUGGGACUGAUGGGAGUUGGAGUCCAACCCAUCUGCAGGGCACCAUGUUGGCUAGACCCACAGUCAGCUUACAAACAAGCUUAAUCAUGUAUACUCAGAUCUGAGCCCCAUUGAGUUCAGUGUGAUUUACCUCCAGGUAAGUGUUCAUGGGAGAAUGAACUGAAUGUAUUCUCACCCUGCUCCUGGCUGACGUGUUCAUUUAUCCCACAUCACCUCUGGUAAACAGGUUUUGUGGAUUCUUAUAUUGUUUCAAAAAACUGCAAAACUUGUUUGACCAAAUGCAACUGUGGGAUCCCAUGGGGUAAUCAAAGUCUCUAUCAAACUACUCUUAAAAACUAAGAGGAGCUUUAUUAUGCUCAUGAAAAUAAGUUUUGUUUUAGUGGGAUUGAAUUUGGAUGGUGAUGUUUACAGAUACUCUGACAUAUGUGUAAUUUUUUGUAGCUGUAUGGCUAUGGAGAUCUGAUAGUUGUGACAACUCUAUGUUGUCACUAUCAACUCUAUGUUGUAUGUUUGCCUUGCAAUAGCACAGCCUGCUCUUACGGCUGCAGUUCAAGAGUCUUCUAAACAGGAGGUUGGCAAAGCAUUGAUUUAUGUGUCCUGGCAUUUUUAAAUUUUAUUUUAUAGUAGCCUAUGGGCUGAGCUUGCUCAGCUACCAGCCAGAAACAUGGAUUGGUCUGGCAUGUGUGUUGCUGUUUGUCUGCCAGUUUGCCAGUCAUGAUGAGAGUUCCAGACAUGUGGAAGGGCAGCCAGAGAACACAGAACCACAGGCGGCUUUGUGCGCAGAGCUAACUUCAUAACAUUGGCGCUUCAGCACAAGAUAAGAGGCUGCCUGCCCUCAUGGAAGGCCUUCCGGUCUCUUCAACUGCCGCAAAUCUUUUCUGAAACUGAUUUAUGUAAGCAAGUUCUUAGAUAACGAGUCUGACAAAAAUAAAACCCACCCAUUCUUUCUCACACAGAUCUGAAGUACUCAUUACUAUAUUUUUCCGUGUAUAAGAUGCCACCAUGUAUAAGACUCCCCCUAAUUUUUGGGACUCAAAAUUAAGAAAAUGCAGAAUGCACUAUCCAUGUAUAAAACGACUCCUUGUUUUAAACUUCAGAAAUUUAGGAAAAAAUAUAAUCUUAAACAUGGAAAAAUAUGGUAUACUACCCGUUUUUUAAAAUGCUCUUGUGAGAUUUUUUUCCUACUUAAGCCAGGUUGAAACAGGUUCCCAUGUUAUACUGAUUUAUUACCCAGUGUAGGGGCCAAAGUAGUUACUUAUUAUAUGAAUUUGGUACCCUGCUGUUCAGUUAAAACUUUCAGAGCAGCUUGAGAGCAGUAAAGUAAAUAAAAUCAGCAAACAUGUUAUAAAAAUAGCAGAGGACUCAAACAAAAAUUAAAAUUCAGUUGUAAUUGAAAGUAAAAGAAACUCUUGAAAAGCCUGGAUAAAUUAAAAUGAUUUUAUCUGGUCAUCAAUCUCAUUUUUUGGGGGGGGGGGCACUUUAUGCAUUACCAAAAAAGAAUAACUGCGUCACCUCAAAAUGAUAAAAGUGGGUUCAUUUUUGCAUUAAUCUAAAUACAUUAAUUUAUAAGUAUAGUUACAAAUUUAUAGAUAAUUGUUAUGAUUUAAAUUAGGGUUUGCUGCCCUUUGGCCCCCCAGAUAGUCCCUUGCCAUUGGCACUACUGGCUGGGGCUGAUGGCAGCUGUAACACACCGUCUCUCUCUCUCUCCAUAGCAGGGGAGUCUGUGCCCACGUGACCUCUGUGCUUGCUCAGUCUGCUCCCCAGGGCAGCUUCAAGGCCCCUGCUAGCCUUUUCCAUGGGCACAGCCUUUCAGUCAGAAAAGUCUCCUUAGUGUCAGGCAGGCAUCCCUAGGGAGGGCAUUCUGGAACUGGUGGCCACCACAGAGAAGGCCAAGGGGAAGUCAGUUUCCUUGUUAUCCAAAAGCCAUCUUGCUGAGCUUAAUCAGAGGAGCUAUAGUGCACAAGAACUGCUUUACUAUUUUCCCUUUGACUACUUUUCUGCCCAAAUUUCUUUCCCCAAGCUUCUGUUCAAUGAAUGGGAGAAGAGACAUUGCUAUGGCCUCUUCCCCCUCUCCACUUAAGACUACAGCCUCUUGCAUGGGUGUGUGUGUGUGUGUGUGUGUGUGUGUGUGUGUGUGGAGAACCUCAGUUUUUAUUUAUUUACUUGAUUUAGGGGGGGCAGACACCCCCUGCUCCCCAUGGCCUCUUGCAGCUGAUUUUCGUUGAGGUGGGGGGAAAGCUGUGAGACUGCCAUGUAAAAUCUAAUGUGGCUCUAAAUAGUUUCUGAAACCACAUUCACAAGUCUAGUUCCAUCCUGACAUUUUUUUCUAAAUAACGUGUUAUAAGAAUUUUAAGGUCUUAGAUAUAUAAUAAAUGUUCAUCAAUGUGCCAGGCAGGCUCGUACAUGAGUGUGUGAACCGCGUGUCUGGAGCAGCGCAGGGGGACAGUCCUGAAACCAUUUUGACUCCCAAGCUGACUAAGUGUUUCUCUGCAAGGAUGGAGGGGGUGAAAAAAGCCCUUCCCAUUGUCUCAGGAAUUAGGUAAUUGCCAUCUCAAAGGAAUGGCCAGACUACCAGAAAAGGCAAUCAGAUAAGGCAUUAUCAGAUAACUUGGCAGACAGGAAAAACACAACAUUCAAUUUUCUGUUGUAGACCACCUUUUCUGUGAUGUAGGUAUGAUGUUUGUGGAGGGUGGUCUUGGGCUACACCCCUUCUGUGAUGUAUGUAUGGAGGGGUGGUCUGGAGCUCCAGGGCAGGGAAUUUCAACAUGGAUAUAUAAGGCCUUGCGCGCCAUUGUUCGAGGUCCUCCUCCUCUCUCCUGCGUGUGGGGGCACAUAUCUGUCAACCUUCCCUUUUUUUGCGGGAAAUUCCCUUAUUCCAUCACCGUUUCCCACUGCUAUCCCGGAUUGUUAGAUAUCCCAUAGACUGUCCCCGGGACAGGUGAAGCUGCUGAUCCCUUAUUUUUGAGGCUGCUGAUCCCUUAUUUUCAAAUCUGAAAGUUGACAGCUAUGGGGCAGCACCCUGUUGCAGCAGUCAAUAGAGAUCAGGCUUACUAGCUACUUUGCUUCUCAAUAUUCUCUGGUUGGUCUCUGUUAUUUUCUCCUACUGAUAGAGAACCUACAAAAGGUCUCUAUAUGGGCUCUUGGGUACCCCAUAAGGGAAAAGGAGCAGUUUUUUUUUUUACUUAUAUCAAAUGUAAACACUUUGCGAUAGCUUGGUGGCUCUGAAUGUUUCUAAUGGCCUGGUUCACUACUUUGAGGCACCAAAUAUGCAGCGCCCCCAAGCUCCUUGGGCUGGAGGCUGAAUUGUUGCAAUUUGCAUCUUGGUGGAAAUAAGAUGUAUGCUAACCCAGAGACAGAGCUGUCAUGAAGCAGAUGUGGAGAAACCGCUGUCUUUUGCAAAGCAGGAUGUGGGGGGAGGGGGGUGCAUGGGACUGAUGUUGUUUUAGACUGUUUUGCAAAAUAUUUUAAUACUCCUAACAAGGAAAAUAAAGGCAGACCUUGGAAUUUCUAACCACUCGGGGAAUUGUGGAGGGGAAAAUGGUUCUUCCAGUAGUUUGUUCAAUUCCUCUUAGGAAUAUGAGGAGGUCAAAUCUUUUUCUUUCUACACAGGUUAUUGUAAUGAAUAAACCAUAUACAGUGGUACCUCUGGUUACAUACACUUCAGGUUACAUACGCUUCAGGUUACAGACUCCGCUAACCCAGAAAUAGUACCUCGGAUUAAGAACUUUGCUUCAGGAUAAGAACAGAAAUCGGGCUCCAGUGGCACGGUAGCAGCAGGAGGCCCCAUUAGCUAAAGUGGUGCUUCAGGUUAAGAACAGUUUCAGGUUAAGAACGGACCUCCGGAAAGAAUUAAGUACUUAACCUGAGGUACCACUGUAGCAGGUUAAAACACCUUCACCCACUUUGUCUUUUGCCUAGAAAUUGACCCUCCCAGGAAUGUCCGUGUGUCAGAUGUAACACAGUCCAGUGGACUGGUCACUUGGACACCACCUGAUGCUCAGAUCAGUGGCUAUCUUAUCACCUAUCGGGAACCAGAUGGUACUAUCAAGGUAAGUCUGUAAAUUGCUAUGUGAGCAAAUGUAAGAUUAGCUAAGCCAACAGUUCAAAAACGCACAAGCUUUUCACCCAUGAACCCAGAUUUGAUACAGAGAUUCGCUACAUAUGCUUUGCAUUUAAUGUUUUUAAGUUAUAUGAAAAGUUGGUACAGGUGGCAUAACUGUAAAGCAACACUGAAUCGUCAUGAAGAUUUGGCAUGUAGCCAGUAUAUAGUCAGGGGCCCCCUUUUGCCUCAUUUUAGUUUUGAAAAUGUCCAGCCCACACGCAAGAUGGUUUAUGAUAUACAAUUAUAAUAAGGCAUUAAAACCACAUAAAAGCAAAUUAUAGAAACAGCAGUUAUAAAAGCAAUCUUGAAAUGCAGCCUAGAGAUAAAACAGUAUUUUUAACAUCCUUUUAAAAAGCAGAAAAAAAAGCAGUUGAUUUCAGAGAUUAAAAGUGAAGCUUUUAAUUUGACUUGCCCCAUCCUUGUGUUUUGGGAAUAUAAAUACAGCCUAUUCCCUUCAAAUACUGGAUCUUAUUCUAUGAAUGCUAUGAACUAUGAACCUCAACUAUUAUUCACCGAGUACUGUGUGCAUCUGACUUGCUCCUCUAAGAAGGGCAGUCUGUGGUUCUUUGGAUCCUGUGGGAUCAAUUCCAAUCAGCCCCAGCCAGCAUGCCUGAUGGUCAGGGACGAUGGAAGCUGCAAUCCAGCAACACGUUCCACUACCUUCCUCUAGAGAAACUGCAUUUUUCACUUCCCCAUGGAUCACAACCAUCCUUGGGUAGCCAGUCAUCUCUCCCCCUGCCUCUUACAGGGAUCGGAGGCGAAGGUCAAGAAGGGCUGGAGACAAAUUGUCAAUGAAAUGUAAUUUUUGCCUCUCUUUUCUUUUGUGUGUCAGGAAGUGCGGUUAGGUCCUAAUGAAGAAAGGUUUGUCCUAGAAGGCCUUACUCGAGGAACCAAAUACACCAUACAUAUCAUGGCCUUUAAGGGAGACCGCUGGAGUCGCAAAACAACCACCACCUUUUCUACAGGUAGGUUUUGGGAACUGCAGUAAAACUUCCUCGACCUGUUGUUCAAGAUGGUGCUUGCCCUCAAAAUGGGUCAUGUGGCACUGCCAGCUGAAUCUGUGUUGAUCUUCUGAGGAUUUUUUGUAUUAUGAAGGCUUGGAAAGAGGCCAGGAGUUCAAGGAGUAGGUCAGUCUAGUCUCAGGGUUUGGAUCUGAAAUUUCAGGAUUUUAGCCGCCUUCUUGGGGUCUCCAGGGGAAGAAGUAAUUUGCACCACACCGAAUCUUAGUAGGAAAAUAUGUGACUGAAAACCAUAAUCACAAAUCAUACACAUUCAUUUUUAUAACCAAGCAUUUGAUGAUGUCAUCAGGAGCAGAAUGGAAUGCAAAUUGAGCUCAGAUUAAACUUAAUAUAGUUUUGUUUGCCAAACCCAGUACUGAAUUGAGCUGAGGGAAUGUGCCCAUCACCAUUUAACAUGUAUUUUUGCUUUGAGAGGUUGAACUCCUGUUUCUGGUGAUCUGAGAAACAUUAUGGGUGUAUUUAAAAGAAUCCUAAGAUCAAUGUCUUAAUAGCCUAUUCUGAAGACAUUCUAAAUUUGAUGAUUUUGCACGUCAGAUUUGAAUAGUAAUAGUGGAAUAAGUUUUAACAGGUCAAGAACUGGCGGCACUUUCAGAUCUUACAUAGUAAUUUCAAAGUACCACAUACAUGUUGUCCAGUUUUCAAUUUUCCAUAAUGUAGAUGUGACUGCUGAGCCCCUUAACUGGAAAGUAAACUCAGUUAUGAGAUUGAUCAUCAAGACACCAGUUAGGAAGAGCUCAUCUGCGGUGAGCAAGAAGGACUUUUGUUUUAGCUUACACCUGAGACAUUUUUUGGCAAAACGAAUUCAAGGAUGCUAACCAUCUGUGAAUCCUCAACAGAGAAUGAUAUGGGAGAAUCUUAUCAUCAGCUCAGAGAUGACCAGAAAGUAGGGACCCUGUUUUAAUUCAGAUGUUUACAUCAUUAUUAAAUAAGUUUAAAAGGUGAGGCUCCAGUAUAAAACCUUGUUUGAUGCUACUAGAUUUGGGAAUACAGUGGAAGAAGAGUUCAGUGUGAUGAAAUCUUACAUUCAGACUGGUGUUUGAAUAUAACAUCCUUACACAAAAUGGCGAGAGGUUUGGGCAUUUGAUAAUUUGUUGAACAACCAAUGUGUGCUGAUGGAGCCAAAGGUAACCUUAAAGUUGACAAAAGCUACAAACAAAUCCAUUUUUUAAAAUGUUGGCAUACUUAAGAAUUAAGUGGGCAAGCACAAAACAGUUGUCUAAUAACAAGUAGACAGCUUUAAAGCUGGAUUGUUCAGAAAAUCCCUUCUUUGAACUUAAACAAGAGUAUUUUCCAUGUAGAUUUAUGAAAUAUACUCGGAGUCCUGCAAUGAUUUCAUGCUCUUUAUUGCAACUUGUAAAACCGUGAUUGAAUUUCCCCCCAAACCUCAGGCUUUUAUAUAUAUUAUUUACACAAUGAGUCCCGGCUGAUUGGCUGAUUCUGCUUCCCUCCUGGAGCCUGAUUGGUCUUCUCCUGCAAGCCAAUCAGUUGUUGCAUUCUAUGAUCCUACCAACCCAAUAGGCUGAUUAACUUCCUCCUGGAGCUUGAUUGGUCUUCUCCUGCAAGCCAAUCAGUUGUUGCAUUCUAGGAUCCUACUUGCCUAUUGCUCUAGGAUCCAAGCUUAGUACAUAACAAUUUACUAUAAUAUCUAUCCAUUUAUUUGGUCUUUGUGAGUUCAUGACUCAAGUGAGAUUUGAAGUGGGAGCUCACAAGUCAUGCUGGGUUAUCUGCUACACUGCCUCAACUCAGAAAGAUAUAUGGACAAAGCCAUCAGGGUCACAGACCUACUGUUCAUUUGAUUGGAUUCUCCAUCCUUCAUUUGCUCCCUGAGAAGCAUAUAAUCUGAAAAACUGACAGUGGGAAAAACAGUAAGAGAGAAGGAAAGACAAGGGUUUGGAGAGAUGGCUAUAAGCAAACACAGCUAGACAUAAAUGCUGUGCAAUCCUAUGCAUGUCUUCUCAGAAGUAAAUCCUAUUGCACUCCAUGGGACUUGCUCCCAGGUAAGUGCUGGAAGUGACAAGAGUGCUGAUCAAUUUGCACUGCAGGCUGAUGUAACUGCAUGAGAAAGAGCAGACAGAGAGAGGAAACUCCAGACUUCCUAGGCUGUCCUCCUUUUGUUGACCUUCCUUCAGACAGAUAAUCUUAGGGUUGGUGGUUUCCCUUCCUACUCACCUUCCUUCUCCUUCAUGCCUCCCUGAUGACAGCAGACAUACUUUGAGCUCUCCCUCUUGAGGUGCAAAAGCAAGCACCGCUUCUUGCAUCUCCAUUGUAGGUAGAUAGAAUUAGAGAUAUUUCCUGUCGAGCAUGCAUUUCUGGUAACAAAUAUUAGCUUGCUUCUUUUCCUAAACUCAGUGUGUCUCAGUGUGAUUGUAUGCAGGGUAAAGUGUGCUCCUCCAGCAGGGAUUCUAUAUCCAGUUCAGUUUCUGCUGGGUGUUCCAAACAAAUGCUAACAGUAAGUGUGUAUAGGCUGGCAGCCUUAGCCUUGGUUCAUGAAACUGCAUUUGAUCAUGUUCAUGCGUCCCUUCGGGUCUCCCUGCUCUCUGCCAUUCGUGGUCUGUGUAGGAUAGAGGAUAGAUUUAUUAGGCCUAAUCUUGCUCUUUCCGACACAAACUGAAAUGCAGGUAUCAAUUGAAAUGUGCAGUUCUCCAAAUUUUGCAAAGCAGUUGUCAAAACAAAAAAACCGUAUAUAAAAAAAAACAGGGAGAGUGCACAAAAAUGCACACAUUAGUGAAAAUAAUGCAUAAAAUGCAUUUGAUUAAGCUGUGGGCAAAAAUGUGUAUUAGGAGGAAGGCACAGAAAAUGCAUGUGAACUUGCAUACAAAUUCCCUCUCCCCAACAUUUUUGCAAACUGAUGCAAAAAGGGAGCAAACUGAACUUAAGAAUGGAAAACUGGAAAAUCUAGAGAAAUGGUUGCCCUGGCCUCCUUUAUAUUGCUGUGCUGUACAAAUAUUCUUUGUUUUUCAUCUUUCUUUUUGAACUUGCUCACUUGGCUUUCCCCCUCCUUUGCUCCUGCAGUCAGUUUGCGCUAUCCCUUCCCUGCGGACUGCAGCCAGACCCAGGAAAAUGGACACUCUGCCAGCGGCAUGUACACCAUCUACCUGAACGGAGACGUCAACAGACCCCUGCAGGUGUACUGUGACAUGGCCACUGAUGGAGGCGGAUGGAUAGUGAGUUCUGUUCUUAAACAGCUCUAUUUUCUAUCCUUUCACAAAGCACUCAUGCGACAGAUUUGGCCCUUUCCACCAAGGGGAGUGACGCAGCAUACUAUCACUUGGUGGUCAUAUUGCAACCAACCACACCAAAAGCAUACUUGCCUCUGCAGGACCUGCACCAAAAUUCAGACAGUAUUGUGGGGGGUGAGGUGAGUAGCAGCACGCAGGUCAAAGCACAAACCCCUGGAAAGUUAGCAGUGGUAGUCAGAAAUGCAACAGUACAAGGCAGGGUCUUCAUAUGCUUCAAAAAGCCUACCUUGAAGUUUCCUUCUUAGGGGUGAGUGGAUGUCCUGCAUGGCAUUCCUGUUCUUGCUUGUGGGCUGGUUCUGCCCCUUGGUUUCCUCUUUUCUGCAUUAUCAUUUAACCAGGAGAAUUUCUAAUUUGGGAACUGGUUUCUCCACACUGUUUAUUUCGUCUCUCUCCCCUCCCUGCCUUUACAGCUUACUGAUAUGCAUGAGUUCAUGCACACAAUGGUUAAAACUCUGCACAAAAAGGAAUAUUGGUGAGAUAAGGAGUUCCUUUUCCUCCUGUGAUUUAAUCAGUAACUACAUGUGCUUGAGCUCAUUGAUAACCUGUUGAAGUGGUGGGAGAGAGGAGAACCAAAAGCUGCAUAGAGUUGCACAGGUGCCAUGGAAAGAAAGAAAGAAAGAAAGAAAGAAAGAAAGAGUGGAUCAUUGGUGUUACUCCACAAACAAAAUAGAUGGGGAGAAUUCUAUAAUUCAUGGUCAAAUUAAGUUGGCCUCAUCUGGUUAGGUAUUUCUUAUUGUGCUUGUUGUCUGAGCCUUCUUAUCUUCAGUUUCCAUCUAUCAUCCUAUCAUUGGUGUUCUGUGUUCAAGGGACCAGACCUAUCACUUGGCUUUUGUUUGCUUUUGCAGGUGUUUCAGAGACGGAACACAGGGCAGCUGGAUUUCUUUAAGCGCUGGAGGAACUACGUUGAAGGCUUUGGAGACCCUGCUGGGGAAUUUUGGCUUGGUACUGUAUCUGCAUUCUGUAUGCGACCAGGGAAGGGUGCCACAGGUUUUGUAAAAAGUGCCGCUGCUCGUGCAUAUAUAGUUAUCUGGUCUUUCUGGCCAGUGCUAUGGAUAGGUGAGCUCAGUGGCUUAGGGUGGGCAGGGCGAGAGGGGCUGUGGCCCCGGGUGAAAGAUUUGUAGUGGCGCAACUGCCAGUAUCGCCAACUAGUUGCACUGGAGAAGAUGCACAAUGGAGGGAGUGGGAAGGAAAGGAACCACAAAACGGAGGGUGAGUCUCUUUCUCAGUGCUUUCUUUCUUUGGUUUUAAUUGGUGGAUGCUACUGCUGCUGCUGCUGCCGACACGCCCAAAAGUCCUUCUCCCCUGGGAGCUUGUGUGUGUGUCUUCAGCUCUUGGGUGGGUGCGCUGGCAGUGGCAAGCAGCAGAAGCCUGUCUGUGCUGGAGGGCUCUUCAAGCUGCUCCCUUUGCAUUCAAAUCAGUUGCCAGGAGCUGAGCAGGUAGAGGAGAGGAAGGGCAAACAGAGGCGGAGUGGAGAGGAGCGAGGGCUCCAAGCAGGGAAAAGCAAAUCACUCAAAGCAAAUCCCUGGGUCUCACCCAGGUGUGCCUGGGGGGUGGUUUUCAAAGCCCCCCCCCGGCCAGCCCUGUCUCUUCCCCAAGGAGAGCACACACACCUGGUGAGUCCCCUGCAAGAGCUGCAGCAGAGCUGCCAAUGCCACCUCCACCUUUAUCCCAGCUGCCUCUGAGCGACCCUGCCUCACUGCUCAGGUCAAGCUGGCCAACAGACUGCCCUGGCCAGCCGGCUUGCGCUUGGCACAGGCUGGCGGAGCAGGUGCAGGGAGCAGCCCCCAGGCAGCAGGAGAGGUGAAGGCACAUUGCCUCUGAAGAGCUCUCGGUAUGCAUUUAUGUCGCAAAAACAAUGGGUGGAGUUCAGCUAAGUUUACUCUGGACAUACUGAAAUUUAUAGCUUUGUCAUGAAAACUUUCUGGCUUUGUUGCCUGUGGAAAUAUUUCUUACUGGCCACGGACAAGUGGAACUGUGGUUGUCUGCAAACUUACUCUGGACUGUUUCUUUCAGGCCUUGAAAAGCUGCACCAGCUCACCAGUAGCGCCCCCGUUCCCUAUGAACUGAGGGUGGAUUUACGAACGCACAAUGAGUCUGCCUAUGCCGUCUACGACCUCUUCCAGGUGGGCUCCAGCAGGGAGCGAUACAAGCUCUCCGUGGGGAAGUACAGAGGCACCGCUGGUAAGGAAAACAUUAUUUGGCUUGCAGUAUCAUGUGUAGACACUGGACACAGAAGCAGUGAGACACCCUUCACUGCGUGGAGCUAACUAGCUUGUCAGGUGUUAAAAUGGCCAGAAUAUAAAUAGUUUAUGUACUGACCUGGUGCUCUGCUGCUCUUCUGGGCCACAGCCAGCACAUGGUGCUGUAGUCCAAAACAGCUGGAGGGCACCAGGUUGGAGAAGGCUGGUUUAACAGUAUAGUCUUAUAGAAAGCAAAAAGCUUUCUUUGCAAUUCUUCCCCCUGAAAUCACUUUAUGACGCAUGUACAAAGAGAGAGAUAUACAUGUGUGGUUUUAUAGAUGGAGCAAAACCACACCUGUGUGCUAUAUACAUAAGUGGGAGGAUGUGUAAAGAGACAACACUAGCACAGACAACAUAAAUUUUAUGCCUAAAUCGAGUAUGACCCUGGCACUUAAGGAGCCAGUAAUAUUUUUCCAUUACCCUUCCAACAAAAAUCAUCAUUCCCUUUAGUAGGCGAUAUAGCAUAUUGACAGAAAAACAUCUUUGCCACCUUUCUCAUACUCCAGUCGUGUUUGUUGACUUCAUUGGUGUAACCAUUUCUCAAAAGCCACUCCUCUGUCAGAAGGGAUACCUUUUGGUGCCUCAGUGGUAGGUGCUAUGAAGAGAUUUAUUACUAGCUAUUUAUUUGCUUCAUUAUUAGUUACUCCUUUAACUGUGCAGUCUUAGGUCUGUCUACUCAGAAGUAUGUCCAGCUCAGAAGAACAAAAAGGGGCCAUUACAGAAUCCUGCAGUAGCAAAUUCCCCAUAAUACUUUUAAUAAUUUACUUCCAGUAUAUCUGUAUAAUCAUGCAGGAUUACUAGCAGUGAAUAAAGUCCACUGUGAGCUGACUACAAUUCCAACAUCCAUCUGAGCUGCACAUUUUUGCAGAAGCCGAUGCUGAUACAAAUCUUGUAUAGUUGGCCAUUUGUGUUCUCUCCUUUUAGCAGUAGUUGUGUAUCUGCAUGUUGGCCCUUGAGAAAAGUUACCUUGUAUUUCUGAUUCCUCUAGGCAGGCUUUCGCAGCUCUUAUUUCAGGUGCCCAGGUGUACUCGGGUUUUAAUGAAGCCAGGAUCCCCGUAGUCCUAAUGCUGCCUUCCUUCCCCCAAUUCAGGGGAUGCCAUGACUUACCACAAUGGUUGGAGAUUUACCACCUGGGACAGGGACAGCGACAUUGCUCUCAGCAACUGCGCAAUCACACAUCACGGUGGCUGGUGGUAUAAGAACUGCCACUUGGCCAAUCUGAAUGGCAAAUAUGGCGAAGACAAGCACAGUGAGGUGAGUACUGGGCACUCUGCCCAGCAGAUGUGGGGAACCUUUGGCCCUCCAAAAGCUGCUGAACCACGACUCCCGUCAUCCCUGGCCAUUGGCCAUGCUGGCUGGCGCUGAUGGUAGUUGUAGUCAGCAACACCUGGAAGGCCACAGGUUCCUCCCACAUGCUGUAUGGUUCUCCUUUUAUAUAUCAGGUAUGCGAUUUUCCCCCAAGUGCCUACUAAAAUGCUGGCAACAUGAGGCACUUCCCUGCGGUUGUCAUUAAAAGUUUGGAACUGUCUUACCUGUCUCACAAUGGAAUGGAAACCCUUUCUAUUCUGCCAUUUCUUAACUCUGAAUUUAUAUCAGGAGUUGUUAUUCCUUGGGCUGCAAUGUUUGAUUUGUUUUUUCAUUGGAUCCAUCCAUUAAAACAUUUUUACACAUGUCUACUCAAAUGUGAGCCCCACGGACACUUAUUCCCAGGUACCGGUGUAUAUAGGAUUGCAGUAUUAGGUUUUCUCAUACAGUUGUUAGGAAAAUCUGAAAACUGAAAUUCUCAAAACUUAAUCACGAGCACAGACUCCCCCCGCCCCGAAUAUGUCAGAAAAUGGCUGCUGAGGUCUGGAACAAAGAGCCUGAAAGAUGGGAAGAUGAGCCCUUGUGCCCUCUUGCCGCAUUUCUGCUGAAAAGCACAUUGCAGCAGAUUUAUGGAGAAAGAGGCGCCACAGAGCAGUGCCUUAGUGGUUUAGAGACAACUAUGACUCAGGAAAGGCUCUUCCUCCCCAGGUUGAAUCUCACAGCCUUUGGCAAGCUCUUCCUGCACAAAGAAUAAGAGGCUAAUAAUAUUGACCUACCUUGUUAGAUUACAAGACAGUGUAUGUGAAAUGCUUUGAUCACUCAGAAUUACUAUGCUCAAAAGUAUUGCACACUUUCCUUCCUCCUCCUCCUCCUCUUUCCACCCUUCCUCAUACAGAGACCAGAAUAGCUAACAACAUUCAUAAAAUGCAGCAUAAAAGUGAAAUUAAAACCACAAUUCACAGUAAUACAUGAUAACAAUAGGAUAUGACAUCAAUGUUCAAACCAGUGGAGCAGGAAACAUUUUAGACAGUUAGACAAACAGAGGUUCUCCAUCUGUGCUCUGAAGACCUGCAAAAAUAAGCUGGUGGGGGCACUCUGAUCUGGAGAGACUUUCAUAGAUGCAUGGCAUAGGUGCAUGGCAGUUUAUCAACACCUAUUGAAAGGUUUUGGGGACUGAAUCUAAUCCAUGGGGCUGUUGUGGCAGCUAGACUGGUGACUGGGAGUGGCCACCGAGACCACAUAACACCGGUCCUGAAAGACCUACAUUGGCUCCCAGUACCUUUCCGAGCACAAUUCAAAGUGUUGGUGCUGAACUUGAAAGCCCUAAACGGCCUCGGUCCAGAAUACCUGAAGGAGCGUCUCCACCACCAUUGUUCUGCCCGGACACUGAGGUCCAGCGCCGAGGGCCUCCUGGCGGUUCCCUCACUGCGAGAAGCCAAGUUACAGGGAACCAGGCAGAGGGCCUUCUUGGAGGUGGCACCCGCCCUGUGGAACACCCUCCCAUCAGAUGUCAAAGAGAAAAACAACUACCUGACAUUGAGAAGACAUCUGAAGGCAGUCCUGUUUAGGGAAUGUGUGACAUUUCAAUGUAUUUUUAAUCUUUGUUGGAAGCCACCCUGAGUGGCUGGGGAAACCCAGCCAGGUGGGCGGGGUACAAAUAAAUUAUUAUUAUUAUUAUUAUUAUUAUUAUUAUUAAUUGGCCAUAACAGCAAGUGAAAAAUAAUAUGUUUGAAAUGGUAUUAUUUCUGCUAUAAACAUGGGCAGGAGUUUUAAUUUUUGCCCACAGAUUCAAGCAGUUUCUUUGGCAUGCAAAAGAUCCCAGGUUUAAUCCCUGGUGUUUCCAGUUAAGAGCUGGAAAAAACUCUUGCCUGAAGCCCCAGAGAAGCAGUCGACAAGGACAAGCCAGUGGUCUGACUUGGUAUAGCUGAGGGCAGUGUCCUUUGUUCCGGUGUGAUGCUUGAUUACCUGUUUUUCUCUUUCCAGGGAAUUAACUGGGAGCCAUGGAAAGGCCACUUGUUCUCCAUCCCUUACACUGAGAUGAAGUUCCGUCCACGCUCACACCCAAUCUUGGGUAGAAAAAGGAGAUCUCUAGCAGGGAAGGAACCCAGGGUUUAAAAUGGAUGAAAUGUGGUGCUUGUCAAGUGAAACAUGGCGAUGCAUUAUCAUGUAAACCAUGUGACCUUGGGUUGCUUAUUUUAGUACAUUUAUAAUCGCAUACAACUGGUUACAGGCUUCCUCAGAAGAAUUAUCUGGUUUAAUUGGUUGGGAUCAGCACAGAACCUGCACUGCACUGUGAGUGCAAGAAUAAGGAAGGGGACUAAGGGCUGGCUCAGAAUUCUUCUUGUGGAGGGCCAUGUCUGUUGACGCUCCCUCUGCUUGUAGUGGCCUCUGGUUCUGACCGCUACCAUGGAUCAGGAGUGCCCAUUCCAGCCCUCCAGUUGUUCCAUGUUCUUGACAAGAACUUCCCCCACAGCAGGGUCUUGCUUUUCCUUGCCAGAGAAAACAAAGAAGUCACCACACCAUCUCUUUUCCUUCUUUGCUCUGUCUCUCGGGUGCUUUGCUUACUCCGCUCAACAAGGACCUGAUUGGUCUGCUAUGCUCUGAUUUCUGAGAUGUAGCUUUGCAAAACCCAAGGUGCUAAUUUAACAUAUUUUUCUAUCCAUGGUGUUCCCUACAAGACAAUUGUCAAGUCACCAAAAGCCAAACUUUCAAGCGCUGCUGAGAAUGAUGCGGUUGUAUCUCAAAGAUGCCUCACCUAAAUAAAGCACGACCUUUGCUCUUUUUCAGGGCUGACCCUGUCCAUGAGGCAAGGUGAGGCAAGAGCCUCAAGUGGCAAAAGCCCAUGAGGUGAGGCCCCACCCUGCAGGCAGAGAAGUGGCAGCAGCACUGGUUUCUGGCUAGAUCUCACCGAAUCUCAUAUGAUCUCACUGAAAUAUUGCAAGCUCUCACAGAGCAAGUGAGAUCUCGCUGGAAGCCAGCACUGCUGCGCAACGCAGAUGAGGCAGGCUUCAGCAGGGACCGGGGAGACGGGGGUGGGGGGAAACGUUUCCGUUUCACCUCAAGCAGCAAAGCAGAACGCGUUGCCCCUGUUCGUUCUUGUUCUUUGGCUCUAUUCCCAUGCAAUAAAUUGUUUCAUCCCCUUUUCUCCCACCCUCUUUUCACUUAGAAUCAUAGAAUCAUAGAAUCAUAGAGUUGGAAGAGACCACAAGGGCCAUCGAGUCCAACCCCCUGCCAAGCAGGAAACACCAUCAAAGCACUCCUGACAUAUGGUUGAGAAAUUGUUUCUGUAGUAAGUUACAAAACUGUACCAUUUCAUACUAGAAGUGUUCCUCCAUAUCCUCCUGCCCCAAACGCCUUGCUAAGGGGAACACUCCUCUAGUUUUCUAGUUUUCACAUAGUUUUCUAUGUGCAGAGAUAUUGUGCUAUGGAGAAGCAUGCAGUCCUUUUAAGCCUCUGUCUGCAGCCUGAAGUGACUCAGCCCUAAGUUUGCCAAGCCAUGUGUAAAACUUUAGUUAUAGCACCACCUAAUGUUGAUUUCAAGUAUGACUAAAAGGGGGCUUAUAGCAAGUCAGUAUUUCUAAUGUUGUAUAUAUGCUUUACUAGGGGGUGCGCUCCUCCUUGUUCUGCUCACCAACACGUUCACCCCCUCCAGCUUCCCCUUCCCACCCUGUUCAACUGCUAAGCUCAUUUUUCACCUUCUCAACACCAUUUCUGAAGCCAUUUCUGUUCUUCAGUCCUGCUUUGCACACCUGUUUUCACCUUCGCUUUCAUGUCUAUACUUCCUCUGCACUCUUUUUCUGCAACCUCCUUGUAUACAAACCAUGCCCAGAGUAAUCUUGUGCAUCGUCUCUGAGGGAAUUUAAUAUAUGAUUCCCUGAGGGAAUGGAUAAAUGUGUGGAUAAACAAAAGAAUCGGCUGGGUGCCCAGAUUCAAAAUUUGGGGCUAGCAUACUGAGAGCCCCAGUAGCAGAGAUUAAACUCACAAAAGUUAAGCUGCAGUACAGCGUUAGGACUAUAGAUUGUUCAUCUGCACACAGCCGCUAACCUCUUUCUACCCCUCUUGCAAUGAGCAGACCACACACCUUUAAGUUUUAAAUGCUUUACUUAGCAGAUUCAAGGUCUAAGUCAUGCAGUGUUCCAUGCAGCAGCAAGGAUAAUACAGGCAAGAUACCCCUCCAUAGAAAAUACAGAAUAUAGUUCCAAACAUGUGCUGUGAGCUUUGGAGCAAGCUCACACAUCUCUGUCUUGUUACAUUAUGCAUACACACACACCCCCCCCA